CUUGAUACAUUGAAUUGUAAAAGUUUGUGAGGUCGGCCAUAUUCCUCACAGACGUCUGCAGUGACUAAAAACAACAUUGUAUGCAUAAAACCAAAAAAGCAGAAUACAAAUUCUUACUUUAUUUCAAUGGAGAUGGGGAAUAGUAGAGCGGAAAAGGAGAGACACGAAAAAGAAAACGUGAUGGGUUUAGAGGAACAUAAGCUGAAAGCGAAAAAGAAGAAGACGACGAAAAGGUUUUAUUACUUAAUUUCCAAAUUUGGGUGCUUCAGAUCGGACGACGCCGUUCAGGUGGCGGAGAAGCCGGCGCCAGAAAACGACGGGAGUUUCGAGGCCGAAGCCGUUGGCAACGGGAGGGAGCAAUCGCCGUACCAUCUGAUUGUCAUGGUCAAUGGAAUUAUUGGAAGCGCUCAAAAUUGGAGAUAUGCGGCGACGCAGUUUGUUAAGGCGUACCCCAAUGAUGUUAAAGUACACUGCUCUGAAUCAAACUCUUCAAUGUUGACGUUCGAUGGUGUGGAUGUCAUGGGAAAGAGAUUAGCAGAUGAGGUGAUUUCUGUUGUAGGUCGUCAUCCAAAUCUUCAGAAGAUUUCUUUUGUAUCCCACUCGCUCGGUGGCUUGGUGGCAAGAUUUGCUAUUGCCGAGCUCUAUCAACAAAGUUUUAUUGUGAACUCUGGUCAGGAUAAUGGUGAGGAGGAUAAGUGUCGAAAUUUAUCUUCAGAAGAUAAUAAGUUAAGGGGAAAAAUUGCUGGACUCGAGCCUGUCAAUUUCAUCACCUCUGCAACUCCACACCUUGGUUCCAGGGGUUAUAAGCAGGUCCCUGUAUUCUGUGGGUUUCACACGCUGGAAAAGCUUGCAUCACGUAGUUCGUGGUUACUUGGUAGAACAGGAGAACAUUUAUUCUUGAGUGAUGGUGAUGGUGGUAAACCUCCUCUUCUGCUUAGAAUGAGCAGUGACUCUGAGGAUCUUAAGUUCAUAUCGGCGUUGGAUUCAUUCAAGAGGCGUGUUGCCUAUGCAAACACACGUUUUGACCAUCUUGUCGGGUGGAGUUCUUCAUCAUUGCGUCGUCAGCAUGAGCUCCCAAAGCAUCGGUGUAUGCUUAAGAAUCCUAAGUACCCACAUAUCGUGAAUGAGGAACUACCAAGGAUGACCAAAUCUCAAGAAGUUACUUUGGAAGCUAGUGCUGCCUCUGGUAGAGGCAGGACAAGUGACAUGGAAGGUGAGUUUGUAUGAAUGAAUUUGUCAAGGUUCAAAUUGUUUCUGUUAUUUUUUUUUAUUAUAAGGUCGCACGACAUUGUGCUAUUUUACUUUAUCUUUUCUUUUUAAUCUUUUCCUCUCUAAUCAAGUCGUCUCGGAUAGGAAAAGUAUAAAAAGAUUGCUUUGCUCAACCGAGGAGCGAGAUAUUUAUUCCUAAGAUUAUGUUUAGUUUCAUGCUUUUGAUACAAUUCCAAUGUAUAACUUGAAGCUGUUAAUGGUUGGCUGUUGUCAUAUAAAAUUUUGAACUUGAAUUGUGUAAGAAUUUGCAGAGACAAUGAUAAGAGGCUUAACGAAACUGAGUUGGGAAAGGAUCGAUGUUAACUUCAGCGGAAGUGUACAAAGAUUUCUUGCUCACAGUACAAUUCAGGUCAAAACUCGGCAUAUCUAUUCUGCUGGUGUGGAUGUAAUACAACAUAUGAUCGACAAUUUCCAAUUAUAAAGUGCUUUUGUUGAGCUGUCUACUGCUAAGGUUCUACGGUGAUUGGUGAGUGUGUUUACAAGUUCCUAAACACGCUCAACUUUGGAUCAAUCUAUUGAGGAAAUGUUUGAAAGUCCAGAGAUUCAGAAUGUCAGAAAAUUUUAUAGAUUUAGAAGGCAGCACCUGUGAAAUAGCUUGUGGUAUAUUGCUCCUACAGUUUACAUUUAUAUUAGCAGAAAAUUCAAUAUUGUAGCCAAAUUUUAGGAAUGAGAAUAAAAAAAGCCAUGUACUUAACCACUGUUCGUGUAAUGGUACUCAUUUUGUAAGAUAUUCGUAUGUUUAUAAGCGUUAACUGAAUGCUCGUAACUUUUAAUAAAACUAGUAUGAGUUCCGA